UUGAGAUACUAUGCUGUGAAACAGCAGUAUUCGUGCAAGCUCUCAUUCACAUUACUGAAAAUUAUCUUGUUGUUCUGCCCUACUUUGUGUUUUUUAAGAGCAAUUUCAGCAUUAAUUAUUUGGGGAACGCUCAAGGCUUGACUAGAAGACGUCCAAACAAGAAGCUAUUGAGAUUGGAUAGCGUUUCAAAUAGAUGGUCGUGGUGGUCGUGGAUUGAGAGAAAUAAAACAUGGGCAUGAAGGAAAGUGUGCUUCCUUUAGUGGUCAGUCAAGGGCUGUUGGUGAUUUUGUUUUGCGUGUUUACCACUUAUAAGGACAAUAGUGAUCUUAGUAAAUAUGGAAUGUUUCAGGACGUCCACGUUAUGAUAUUCAUCGGAUUUGGUUUUUUAAUGACAUUCCUGAAACGUUAUGGAUAUAGCAGCCUCGGAUUUACAUUAUUAUUGGGCUCUUUUAUUAUCCAGUGGGCGAUGCUUUGCCAGGGUUUCUUCGAUAUCACCGAAGACUAUAAAAUCGAAUUGGGACUCGAAAGUUUAUACAGGGCUGACAUAGCAGCAGCCAGUGUGCUGAUCUCAAUGGGCGCCAUCUUAGGCAGAACAACCAUUACUCAAUUAUUAUUAAUGGGAGCUAUUGAAAUCGCACUGUAUUGCACGAAUUCAUAUCUGGGAUCGAAAAUACUCAAGGUAACAGAUGCAGGCGGCUCGAUAUUUGUGCACGUUUUUGGAGCUUAUUUCGGCCUGGCUGUGAGUUACGUGAUCAACAGAAGGAAAAACGGAAAAAAGGAAAGUGGAAAUUCCUUGCUGGAGUCCACGUACACGUCCGAUUUGUUCGCCAUGAUAGGCACAGCUUUCCUGUGGCUGUACUGGCCCAGCUUCAACGCCGUCGAGCUGGCCGGCGCCCAGCAGCGCAGGGCCGUCCUCAACACCUACCUGGCCCUCGCCGCCUGUUGCGUCACGACGUUCGCUUGUUCUCAGCUGGCCGACCGCGACCGCAAGCUCGACAUGGCGCACUGCCAGAACGCCACACUGGCGGGCGGCGUCGCCAUGGGGGCGGCCGCCAACCUGGCGGUGGGGCCCGGGGGGGCCGUGGGGCCUUUGAUCGAGUCGCAUCUCAAAACACCAGACACCUGCGGGGUUCACAACCUUCAUGGCCUCCCAGGUGUCUUAGCGGCCAUCGUUAGCGCCCUCAUGGCCGGCCUGGCUUCGGAAGACACCUACGGGUUGGACUUCUACCAAAUUUUCCCAGCGAGAAAACCUGAAGUCGGAUCUGUGCUGGAACCCAGGACUGCGAUAGGUCAGGCUGGGUAUCAGCUGUUGGCUUUGGUCGUGACCUUGGUGAUUGCUAUCGUUGGAGGUCUCAUAACAGGUGAGUAA